AUGUAAAUAAAAAAUUAUAGUUAUUAUGAAAAUUCAUAAGUAGAGAAAUUGGAAAACAAUGAUAAAUUGUUAUUUAUAAGUGAUUAUGCUACAAAUAUGUAUAUUUAUUUUAGUUUUGAUAAUGAUUAUCGAAUUGUUCUGUAUGGUAUGAAGAUGAUUUUAGAUAUUUUACAAAUUCUCAUUGGCCUGUUGAUGUAGGGUUUUAAAAAUGUUAAGCAUUUAGAGUAUUGAAUUAAGCAAAAUAUUUUGUCCAAUAAAUUUAAUCUACUCUUAGUGAAUUGUAAAUAUAGCGAUUAAAAUCAGAAAAAAUAAUUGUGAACUUUUAUUGUGAUGUUAAUAGGCAAAUUCAUUAAGAGUCCCUUUUUACGGAUAUAGGAGAUAUUAUUUAAAUAGAGGUAAAAAUAAAAUAAAAACUUUAUUGA